AUGGCAGCGUGCACUUUCACACCCAAACAGAUCCUGAAGAAGGAGGUGUCACAGAGAGAAUAUGAGUUCCUCCAAGAAUGGGCCCCCGACACUAUCAAGGACUACACUCCGAUCAAACCUGGCAAUCCGGUAGACAGGAUGCCCAAGCAUCAGACGAUGCCCAGCCAGCCACUCGUCCAGAGCCCCCGACGGGCUAAACCUCGCUCGCCUCUCUACGAGGAAUGGAAGGUUCAGCCAAACGAGGCGGCAAAAGUCACAGGCGCUUCUGUGAACAUGGAGAAUAAAACUAACGGGAUGAUUCCUCGUGCUCCUACUACCAACGUCAGGGUCAAUGGCAGGCAUCCUAGUAACUCGUUGGACACAAAGAUCCGCCAGCAGGAGCCGGUAAAGAGUAGUCCUGUUUUACAUAAUCAUUAUGCGAAACCCACCGCUAGCACGAAUAACCGAGUUAUCGCGAACCCUGUCCCUAGUGUGGCAUCCAAGUCGGGAGUGCCCAGGCCUGGGCCAUAUAAACCCGCGGAACAGAACAACAAGAGGGUCAUGGUGAGCCAACGCAGGCCACCUCCACCGCCUUAUGUAUACACCGCACCGAAUCGUAAACAGUUUCGAAACGAUGACUUGAUCAGAUGGUCGGACGGGAUCAAGACUCUGAGCGGAGCUAUGGCCUACUUUCAACCUACUUUCAUUCAAGACCCGUGGAAGGAUCUGAAACCUGUUGUGACGAAAUUCCUUGAGCGAUACUGGUAA